AGCAGUGAAGAUGGAAAUGUGAACAGAGAUGUCUUCAUUCCAAAUCCAGCUUGCCUUGAUCUUGUCAAAUAUGAGUGGAUUGGUCAGCUCAUGGGAGCAUGCUUCAGAGGGAAAGAGAUCUUGAUUGUGUCUCUAUCCCAGUACAUUUGGAAGCGUUUGUUUGGUGAAAGCUACUCGUGGUCCCAGGACUUUGCCACUGUGGAUUCAGCAGAAGUGAAAAUAAUUGACAACCUGGCAAAAAUGGACCAUGAAACUUUCACAGCUGCCGGCAGAAGCUGGAGUAUGGUUCUUAGUGAUGGCACAUCAGUCAAUAUCAAAGUGGACGGUCAGGGAAAUCCUGUUCCACUUGCAUACGAAGACAGAGCAGAGUAUGCCUCAAAAGUGAGGGAAAUAAGGCUCUCAGAAUGUGACAAACAGUUGAAGGCUAUGAGAGCUGGUUUGCUUAAAGUCAUCCCUGAAGCUGUGCUGGACUUGCUGACAUGGCAGGAACUAGAGUCACGUAUUUGUGGGGAGCCAGAAAUUACUGUUGAAUCCCUUAAAAAAAAUACUUACUACAGUCUCAUUGACGAAGAUGAUCCAAGGAUCGAAAUGUUUUGGAGUGCAGUGAAAAAUUUUUCUAAUGAAGACCGGAGCCACUUGCUGAGAUUUAUAACAGGGAGAAGGAGACUUCCUGUGUCCAUCUUCAUUACAGCUGGGAGGAU